GCGGCGGGAGAGCGCGAGGGGCGCGGCGUCUACCGGUUCGCCGACGGCACCGUCUACGACGGCGAGUGGAAGGCGGGUAUGUACGAGGGGCGCGGCGUCAUGCGGUACGCCAGCGGCAACGUCUACGAUGGCGAGUACAAGGCGGGUAUGAAGGAUGGGCGCGGCGUCUUGCGGUACGCCGACGGCGACGUCUACGAGGGCGAGUUCAAGGCGGGUAAGAUGGAGGGGCGCGGCGUCUACCGGUACGCCGACGGCGACGUCUACGACGGCGAGUACAAGGCGGGUAAGUACGAGGGGCGCGGC